CCAUAUUUGCCUUAUUUUUGGCUGCGGUGGUGUGAAAUAUGGAAAGUGAGUCAAAAUCAAUGACAAAUACGGAGGACGACGAAUUCGAAGAAAAAGAAUUUACCGCUCAAGGUGUUUUAUUGGCGAUAGAAAAAGCCUGGUUGAAUGAGAAAUUUGCACCUGAGAUUUUACCUCAUCAGUCUGAGUUAGUUGACUGUAUGUUGCAACAAAUCACCCACAUGGAGGAAAACAUGAAGAGGUUAGAGAAAGGGGACCUAAGAUUAAUGAUUCACAUGAUGGAGUUAGACAGGAUUAGAUUUUUGGUAUCUAGCUACCUUAGGACACGAUUAGAAAAAAUUGAAAAAUAUGUUAUUCACAUACUUUCCCAAGAAGCUGAUAGAUCUUUGGAUGAUUGUUAUCUAACUUCUGCGGAGCUUCAGUUUGCAAAAGACUAUCUUGCAAGCAUUGAAACACUUUUUAAAGCCACUGCUUUGAGUCACAUGCCUGGAAAUUUUCAAGGAUUUGAAAAGGAGCAAUUAAUUGUGAAACCUAAUAUGCAUGCAUACAUAUUUUUACAGGCUAAUGAUAGAAUUAAUGGAGUUGUACUACCUGGAUCAUUAGAUGAAGAAAUAAAUUUUGAACCAGGUUCUGCACACAUUGUACCAUAUAAAGCUGUUGCAGAUUUAGUUAAAAGUGGAGCUGUUCAAUUAAUAUGAUUUUUUGCAUAUAUUAAUAUUUCACAAGGAAUA